CGGAAGUAGCUCGUGUUGGUCUUCCUGCAGUCCAACGUGCUCCAGAAAUAUUCACGUGUGUUCCGUGCCGAGAUCCUGGAGUUUCUAACGAACCAGAACACAGACUAGCGCCGUUAAUCCCCGCAGUCUUGGGGUGCGGGUAUACAUUAGAAACAAAGUAGAGGAUUUAUUUGUGUACAGCUGUGCAAGAUCAGUCAUGGGGAGGAAGUUUGAUCCCACCUCCAAAGUGAAGCGUGGACCUGGACGGAAAGCCAGGAAACAGAAAGGCGCAGAGACCGAGCUGGCCAAGAUUUUAGUGAAUGAGGAUGAGCCUAAAAAACUGUCGAGUCGAGGCAGGAAACGUGCUGUGAAGAGAGCGCAGGGUGCCACUGAUCACACGGAAGGAAAACAGCCCAAGAAAGGAUUCUCUGAUGACAACAGCAAAUGGCUGACACCAGCACAGCGAAAGCGCAAAAUUGACCAUUCAGAAGGGGACGAGGACAGCGACAGCCAGUGGGAGGAAGAGGAAGAAGAUGCUGAUGAAGUAGAGGAUAUCGAGAAAGGGGGAAAAGUACAACUUAUAGCUGAUGAUGAUGAUGAUGAUGAUGAUGAUAUGGUCGAUGACUAUGGAGCGAUGGAAGACAGCAGUGAAGGAGGAGAACAGGAGGAGGAGGAGGCGGGCAGUGAUGGAGAGGAGCUGCUGCCUAUUGAACGAGCUGCCAGGAAACAGAAAAAACGCCAGGAACCUGCAGCACAAGAGAGUGAAGAUGAUGAUGAGGAUGAUGAUGAGGAGGAGGGGGAAGAUGAAAAACUGGAUGAUGAACAGGAGGAGGAAGAGGAGGACACGGUGCAGGCGCAUAUUGACAACAUGGACAGCUUUAAACUGCCUGGUGCAAAAGAGAGGGAGAAUGAGGGACUUUUGCCUCUAGACCUGCAGAGCGUCCACCAGAGAAUUAAAGACAACAUCGAUGUUCUCUCCCACUUCAGUGAGAAGAGAGAGGAGGGGAGAGAGCGAUCAGAGUAUCUCUCGCUGCUGAAGUCAGACCUUUGCACAUACUACAGCUACAAUGCCUUCCUCAUGGGCAAUCUCAUGGAUCUGUUUCCUCACGCUGAGCUCAUAGAUUUUCUGGAGGCCAAUGAAGUUCAAAGGCCUAUCACCAUCAGGACUAACACCCUUAAAACCAGGAGGAGAGACCUGGCCCAGGCUUUGAUCAACAGGGGUGUAAAUCUGGAUCCUUUGGGGAAGUGGUCUAAAGUUGGCCUGGUCAUUUUUGAUUCCUCAGUUCCCAUAGGUGCAACUCCUGAGUAUCUAGCAGGGCACUACAUGCUGCAGGGAGCCUCUUCACUGCUCCCUGUAAUGGCGCUCUCUCCCCAGGAGGGGGAGUCUGUGCUGGACAUGAGUGCAGCUCCUGGUGGAAAGACCACCUAUAUGGCCCAGCUGAUGAGAAACACAGGCGUGAUAAUUGCUAACGAUGCCAGUGCUGAGAGACUGAAGAGUGUUGUGGGAAACAUCCAUCGCCUGGGAGUCACCAACACCAUCAUCUGUAACUAUGAUGGCAGACAGUUUCCCAAGGUGAUGGGCGGUUUUGACAGAGUGCUAUUGGAUGCUCCUUGCUCAGGUACAGGGGUCAUCUCCAAAGAUCCAGCUGUGAAAACAAGCAAGGACAGCGGUGAUAUUCUGCGCUCGGCUCAUCUGCAGAAAGAACUGAUUCUGGCUGCUAUUGACUCUGUCAAUGCUGACUCGCAGACGGGAGGCUAUCUUGUCUACUGCACCUGCUCCAUUACGGUGGAAGAGAAUGAAUGGGUUGUGGAUUAUGCCCUAAAGAAGAGAAAUGUAAAACUGGUUCCCACAGGAUUGGACUUUGGCAAAGAAGGCUUCACCAGAUUUAAAGAGCGACGUUUCCACCCUUCACUUAAACUGUCUCGGAGGUUCUACCCGCAUUCCCACAACAUGGAUGGCUUCUUCGUGGCCAAGCUGAAAAAGUUUGCAAACACCAUUCCCACUGCGUCCACAGAAGAGAAUGAAAAGGCCAGCAAGGCAGAAACACCUGCUACAUCAGAGGACAAAAACUUAAAACCUGAGUCUAAGCAACAGAGCAAAGGUACACAGAAAGCCAAGCAACAGACCAAGCAACAAUCAAAAGCUACUAGCACCAGCAAAACCGAAAGCCCCACUGGCAAGAAAAAGCCAGUGUUAAAAGGUAAAAAAUUAAAAGAUGAAGGUCCUAAAAAGAAACGGGCAAAAAUGGAUGAACAGAAUUCAAAGGAAGGAAAGAUCAAAGAAAAGCUUAAAGUCCUAAAAGUGGACAAAGACGAAACUAAUGAGCCUGUGACUAAAAAUGCAAAGGAAAGCUUACUUAAGAAGAAGACAAACAAAAAUAAUCAGAAGAACCUCUUUAAAAGAAGGAAGAAUAAAAUGGGGAAAAAUAAAUUUAAGAAAUAAAAAAAUGCGCAGAAGCAGCAGGAGGCUGGACAGAAGAAUGGAGCUUUUAUCAUGAAAGAAGAAAACUUCUGUAUAACUGUGGACUUUAAAAAGACUUGUCUCCUAUGUGCUGGACCCUGGACUUUUAUUUGCUAUUUCUGUCAAAAACCAAGCAAAGUAUAUUGUAAACAACAAUAUGUGAAUACAUUGUCUUGGUUUAUUUGUAAGUGUAAUGGUGUGAGAAUAAAAUGUUCUACCUUACCUUUUUAAAA